CCAACGAGGACGAACCUCGGCUAGAAGGCUUUGCACUGUCGAGAAACCCUCCGGCAACGAAUUAAAAAAACAAUAAAUUUUCAAAGAAUUGCCCCUAAAAGGUGCAUAAUUGGGUUUCAAUUUUCCAUGAUGGAUGUAAAGCGCGCAAUGGCUCUAAAUGAGGUUAUGAGGAUCCCAAGAAGGAUAUGGCAGCAUUUCCACUAAGAUGAGCUGCAUCUGCGCUGCACGCUGGGCUGAUUGGAAAUUUCAGUGGAAGUAUUAGUGGAAGACAGACGCUUCCUGUAACCGCGUAUAUCGCACAGAUAAAUGGAGUAACGGAAAGGAGCAGAGGGCGGGGGAGGGGGGCCUCAGUAAACUUGACACAGCAUUCAAGGGAUGAUCGGACAACUCGUGUUAACGCUCCUCUUCAGGUACCGUUUCCUAUAAUUACCACAUAUAUUUGUGGAGUAGUCCACAGGGGACAGUCCUCUCCCCCCGCCGUCGGGGAGAUAGAAUAAAAAGCGACUGGACGCACAAGAGGGGGCAAACUUGGAACUUGGAGAGCCACACGGGAUAAUAUCAGCUUCUUCUUCUUCUUCUUCUUCUUCUUCUUCUUCUUCUUCUUCUUUUGCGCGUUCUCUUUGCACGCCCGACGCUUGGAGGAUGAUCACCAACCUUGAGCGACCACACAUAUGACUUCCGUAGCUUUAACUCUACGCAAACAGGAGCCGACUUUUUUUUUUUUUUUUUAAAAAGUGAACACUUACUGGGAUCAGGACGGGAACUCAACAGCGAGAGAGAGAGAGAAAAAAAAAGUUACGCACAUGUGCAUCGUUUUGGCAGGACGCACCGGACGCAGUCAGCGCGUAAGAGAAUUUUGAAAAGGUCUUCAAAAAGAAGAGAGCUUACUUUGCCCUCCUCCCUUCCCCCUCUGCAUCCACUUUCCACUUUCUUCACUACACUGGAGCUAUGAGCGCACCGCGCAAACCCGUUGUUGUGGGACUGCUGUUACUGAUGUGCGCUCUGACAGAGCACUGCGGCGAGAGCGCGCCCACCGCGGCGCCGCGGAGUUUGAGGCGGAUGGUGGAGAUCAUGAAGCACGUGGAGCAUAACCGGGGGCGACACGCAGCGAGAACGGAAGCCCCGCUGACGCCGCGGGCGGUGGGCAGUGCGUCGGUAGAGCAGAGGGACCUCCGCGGCAAGACGGACAAAGGGAACCAGGCUCUGGUUUUAACCCCUACAGAUUACAAAAUGAAAGAAAGAAUAAUUAAAUAUUUCACAGGUCCCCUCGUGUUCAGCUCCAAGUGCAGGAAGAACGCGUACAGACUUUACCACCACACCAGAGACUGCACAUUACCUGCAUACUUCAAAAGAUGUGCGCGACUUCUCACACGGCUCGCGGGCAGCCCGCAGUGCACGGAGGGGUAGCGCGUGCAUACUCAAAAGGUUGAAGUCAAACAUGUGUGCUUCAGAAGAAAAGAUAC